AUGGGUGAAGAUUUCACAUCUAUAGAAUUGGGUUCUAUAAAUAAUAAUAAUCAAGAAAAGAUUGACGACACACCUCACACAAAAGAAAAUAAGAUAGGAUUUAAUGGAGAAGAGAAUCCAUUCGAUAGAGCAAGUUUAUUUUCUUUGGCAACGUUUGCUUGGGUCGAGAAAUUUGCAUUUCACUGUUUUCGAAACGUAUUGGAGCAAUCACAUUUAUAUAAUCUUGCACAAUGUGAUAAAUCAAGUACAGUAUCAAAAAAAAUCCAAAAAGAAUGGCAAAAAGAAUUAAAGAAAGAUAAAAAGAAACAAUAUUGGAAAGCAUCAAUUAGAGCAUAUGGAUUAUAUUAUUGUUUAGGAAUGUUAUUUUAUUCAGUAUAUUGUGCAUCACUUUUUGUCGGACCACAAUUGAUGAGUAAAUUAAUCAACCAUAUAUUAUUAUUACGAAAUAACACCAAUGAUGAUACUCUAGAUGAAAAUUUUGGAUAUUAUUAUGCAUUGGCUAUAUUUGGUGCAUCAAUGAUUGGAUCAUUUUGUAAUUAUCAAUCCAAUUUAAUAUCAUCAAGAGUUGGUAAUUGGAUGAGAUCAGGAAUGGUGGUUGACAUUUAUGCAAAAUCUCUCAAACUUGAUACAGCUGCCAGAAGACAAACAUCACCCGGUGAAAUUGUUAAUUUAAUGAGCAACGAUGCUCAACGUGUAUCCGAGAUGUUUAUCAUGUUAAACAAUGGUAUUUUUGCCCCCUUUCUAAUGAUUGCAUGUAUCGUUUUAAUAUAUCGUGAAAUUGGGUGGCCAACAUUUGUAGGGUUGGGUAUCAUGUUGAUCGUUGCACCUACCAAUGCCAUCGUCGCUAGAAAACUAUUGAAAAUCAGAUUAUCUAUUAUCAAGAGUUCAGACCGUCGUCUUCGUCUCAUCAGUGAAAUACUUCAAUACAUUAAAAUCAUCAAACUCUAUGCAUGGGAAGACUCCUUUGCACAAAAAGUAACAGAUGCUCGUAAUUCAGAAAUUAAAUCUUUAUCUAAAUUUUCAAAUGUCAAAGCAGGAUUAAUAUUUAUAGUUACUUCUGUACCAAAUAUAAUUUCAAUGGUUGUUUUUGCUAUUGUUUUUCAAGCCCAGACUGGUGUCUCGGCGGAUAGAGUAUUUUCAGCAAUGGCCUAUCUCAAUAUUCUUCGUUGGCCAUUAAAUAUUCUUCCAUUGAUCUUUGCAAUGUUGGCACAGGUCAAAGUAUCAAAAAACAGAGUGGCAAAGUUUCUUUUAUUGUCUGAAAGAAAGCCAGUUGAAACCAUCAUUGAUCCAUCAGUCGAAAAUGGAGUCUAUGCAAAUGAAGCAUCCUUUAAUUGGGAGGUUUCCAAAGACGACUCGUUUAAACUCGAAAAUAUUUCAAUCCAAUGUAAAGGUUCAUCACUCACAAUGGUAGUAGGGUGUGUUGGUAGUGGUAAAUCAUCGAUUUGUCAAGCAAUCCUAGGUGAUAUGGAAUUAAUUAAAGGUUCAUUAAAAAUUAAAGGAAAAAUUGCCUACGUUCCUCAACAGGCUUUUAUUAUAAAUUCAACAUUAAAAGAAAAUAUAUUAUUUGGAAAAGAGUAUGAUCAAGUUAGAUACGAUUAUGUAAUUGAAUCAUGUGCAUUAAAGAGAGAUUUGGAAAUGUUUCCAGAAGGUGAUCAAGUUGAAAUUGGUGAACGUGGUAUUAAUCUUUCUGGUGGUCAAAAACAAAGAAUCAGUAUUGCAAGAGCUGUUUACAGUGAUGCCGAUAUUUAUAUACUCGAUGAUCCAUUGUCUGCAGUCGAUGCACACGUUGGAAAACAUUUAUUCCAAAAGGUUAUUACUGGUGCUCUCAAAAACAAGACUGUUAUUUUGGUGGCCAAUCAACUCAACUAUAUUCCAUUUGCCAACGAAGUACUAGUGUUGGAUGAAAACAAAAUUCUAGAAAGAGGUACAUACAAAGAGUUGAUGGAAUCUCAAGGAGAGUUUUCCAAAACAUUAAAGUUGUUUGGAAUUCAUGAUUGUGAUUCAUCAGACUCUAGUAGUAACAGUACUGUCAUGGAAGAUUCUGACGAUGGUAUUCCAGAAGAGGAAGAAGAAGAUGAUGAUAAUCAAAUUAGAGAAGACAAAGAAGAAGAGGAACAAAAAGAAACAAUAGUUGAUGAUUUAGGAGUGACAGUUGUUUUAUCACAGAAAAAGAAAAUGAAAGAAAGAUUUAAAUCACUUAGAAAGAGAGCAACCAAAUAUAAAAGUAAGAGAAAACAAACUGGUCCUCCUCCAAUGGCAAGCAAAGAAUUGGUAAAGGUAGAGGAAAGAGAAACUGGUGCAGUCAAUUUAGGAGUAUACUACUCUUACUUUAAGAAUGGUGGAAUUGGAUUGUUUGGUUUUAUCAUUUUCAUUUUCAUAUUAGAGACGACAACGACAGUGUUGAUUAGUUGGUGGCUUUCAGUUUGGUCCAAUACCAUGCAAUUUGGAAAUGGCAGUAUCAGCCUCAUUUCUGAUCAAUACCUCUAUGUUUACAUUGGUAUUGGUGUUGCAGCCGUUAUUGUAUGUUGUUUGCGCAACUUUUUCUUCUUUUCUUUCUCAGUCACCUGCGCCAAACGUAUCCACGAAAACCUCUUUGCUGCCAUUCUUAAAUGUCCAAUGUCAUUCUUUGAUACAACUCCAAUGGGUCGUAUACUUAAUCGUUUCAGUCGUGAUCAAGAUGUUCUCGAUCAAAUGAUUGCAUCUUCAACCAGCCAAUACAUUCUAUAUUCCACACAAAUUGUUGCAACCAUUGUCAUUAUAUCAGUCAUUACACCAUUCCUAUUGGUUCCAAUUGCUCCCAUCAUAGUUUUAUACUAUUUUAUUCAAACCUAUUAUAGAUGUUCUAGUCGGGAACUCCAACGUUUGGUUUCUAUUUCAAGGUCACCCAUUUUCUCACAUUUUAGUGAGAGUCUUCAAGGAGUGACUAGUAUUCAUGCCUAUGGAAGAGAACAAGACAACAUUAUGACAAAUUAUCAUUUGUUGGAUGAAAACAACAAGCCUACCAUGAUGCUCCAAACUAUCAAUCAGUGGCUUGGCCUACGUCUCGAUUUCCUUGGCAAUCUCAUCAUUUUUUUCACAGUCAUAUUUGUGACUAUCAAUCGAGAUUCUCUCACCAUUGCUUCGAUUGGAUUAUCCAUCUCUUAUUCACUCUCGAUUACCUCUUCAUUAAAUCGUGCAACGUUACAAGGAACCGACCUUGAAACUAAAAUGAAUAGCGUCGAGAGAAUGAACCAUUACAUUAACGGGCCAACCGAGGCUCCUCAAAUCAUUAAACACUCACGUCCAUCUAAAAAAUGGCCUGAACAAGGUGGAAUCACAAUGGAUAAUGUCGUUAUGAGCUAUCGCCAAGGAUUAGAACCUGUUCUCAAAGGAAUUAGUUGUUCCAUUGCUCCAAAUGAAAAGAUUGGUAUUGUUGGUCGAACAGGGUCUGGCAAGUCAUCUUUAGUUCUUGCAUUGUUUCGUCUCAUCGAGUUGUCAAAGGGAAGCAUAAAAUUUGAUGGUUUGGAUAUUUCUCAAGUUGGAUUAAAGGAUCUUAGAAAGAAUCUAGCAGUCUUGCCACAGGAAGCUUGUCUGUUUGCUGGUACACUCAGAAUGAACCUCGAUCCAUUUAAUGAAUGUGAUGAUGAAGGACUAUGGAGAAUUGUAAAAGACAUACAACUCUAUGACAAAGUCAAGGAAUUGGAGGGCGGAUUAGAUUGUGCAGUAUCAGAGAAUGGUGAUAAUUGGUCAGUUGGACAACGUCAACUCAUUUGCCUAGGUAGAAUUCUUUUAAGACAUCCAAAGAUACUAGCGAUUGAUGAAGGUACAGCAUCUGUUGAUGCAACAUAUGAUGCUUGGAUACAACAAACCAUCAAGGAUAAAUUCAAAGAUUGCACCAUCAUUACAAUAGCACAUCGUCUAAACACUAUUAUUGAUUAUGAUCGAAUCAUUGUAAUGGAUGCUGGUAAAAUCAUAGAGUUUGAUACUCCCCAUAGAUUACUAAGCAAUCCUCAUGGUCUCUUUACAUGGUUGGUCGAUGAAACUGGACCAUCAAACUCUCAACAAUUAAAAAAAUUGGCAAAUACCAUUCAUCAAAAUAAACAAUUAAAUUAA